AUCAAAUCAUCCACCACCAAUAGCUAGCAUUUUAUUUUCCUUCAUUCUUGCAGCUAAUCAAAUUAAAUCAAUGGAGAUGAAUUUAGUUUCAUUUCUCCUCUUAUUCUCAUUCCUUUAUGUUAUUUUUCGAAAAUGGAGAAGAAGCCAAAAACAAAAUUGUGCAGAGAUCGUGAUGAGUUGAUAAAUUUGAUGAAAGAUGCGUUGUUUUUAGUAGGAGGAUUUGAUGUAGGUGACUUCUUUCCAUCGUGGAAAUUACUUCACAAGAUGAGUGGAGCAAAGUCGAAAUUGGUAAAAAUGCAUCAAAACGUUGAUUCAGUUUUGGAGAGGAUUGUUAAUGAACAUAUUAAGAAUCGAGCAGCUGGGAUCAAGUGAAAUGGUGCCUAUGGAGGUGAAGAUUUAGUUAAUGUUUUCCUAAGACUUAAAGAGAAUGAUCAACUUCAAUUUCCAAUCACCAAUGACCACAUAAAAGCUGUGAUUUUGGACAUGUUUACUGCUGGGACUGAAACUUCAUCCACCACUAUUAUUUGGGCAUUGUCAGAAUUGAUGAAACACCCAAAAAUUAUGGCAAAAGCACAAAGCGAAGUGAUACAAGCCUUCAAAGAGAAAAUUGAUUUUGAUGAAGAAGAUCUUGAUAACUUGCCAUAUCUAAAGUUAGUGAUCAAAGAAACAUUAAGGCUACAUGCUCCAAGUAUAGUCAAUAGGGAAUGUAGGGAAGCAACAAUCAUUGAUGGAUGUACAAUACCUGCUAAGGCCACAAUACUAGUCAAUACAUGGGCAAUAGGAAGAGAUCCUGAAGUUUGGGAUGAUCCUGAAAGUUUUAUACCAGAGAGAUUUGAAAAUUCUACUAUUGACUACUUGGGAAAUAACUAUGAGUAUCUCCCGUUUGGUGCAGGAAAAUGGAUUUGGCCAGGAAUGCAGUUUGGUUUAGCUAAUGUUAAACAACCUCUAGCUCGGCUCCUCUACCACUUUGACUGUGGACUUCCAUGUGGAACAAGUACUCCAAAAGAUUUGGAUAUGAGCGAGAAAAGUGGAUUAAGUGCAGCGAAAGAGAAAGAUCUCUACUUAAUCGCCAAAACGAAUCAAAGUUUGGAUAUCAUGCUCUAAAUGGAGAAAAUGAGCAAAGAAAAAACUUUUCCUCAACUUCUUUUAGUUUGGUGUUUUUUUC